AUGGCCUUAACUGUGGGUAUUGUAGUAUGCGCCGUUAUCUUAGCUGUGGCAUUUAUUGCAUCAUUUGCUCGACCCGAGACUCCUACAUGCUACACCACAACCCAGGAACCUGUGAUCAUCCCUCCGGAAGAGGUCAAUAACACGAAACCAGAACCAAUAUCUUACAAUGGCAAGUUGUUUCCAUGGAACCAUAUUCGUCUGCCAAACACCAUUCAACCUUGGACCUAUGAUCUGUUUCUUCAUCCCAACUUAACCACCACCCUGGUCAUAGGAAAUGUGACCAUUUUAUGCCAAACUUCAAGUUCUACUAAUUUUAUUGUUUUACAUGUGGAUUCAAUGAACAUCACAGAAAUAACUGUUCAUUCCCAUUUUAACAAUGAAGUCAUUGGCACCCGAGAAGUUCUCUUCUAUCAAGCAAAUAGUCUUAUGUAUAUUAAACUGGAUCGUCCUCUUGAGAUAAACGAGUUGUUUGACCUGCGUAUCUACUUCAGAUAUCACCUGCUUGAAAUAUUAAGUGGAUUCUAUUUAAGCUCUUACACUGCAGAGGAUGGUUCAACAAGGUAUUUGGCGACAACUCAAUUUGAAGCCUCAGGAGCACGGAAAGCUUUUCCCUGUUUUGAUGAACCACAGAUGAAAGCCAAUUUUAGUCUUUCAAUGGUGAGAGAGGAGCGGCAUAUCACACUGUUUAAUAUGCCCUUGAAGUCCACUUCAGCCUACAUGCACGGGCUGACUCUGGAUUCAUUUGACACAACUCUGAAAAUGAGCACCUAUCUUGUGGCCUUUGUGGUGUCAGAUUUUGUUAAUCAAACAAAGUAUUCUGCAAAUGGAAUUCAGGUGCGCGUCUUUGCAAACAAAGAGAACAUCCACCUGACGUCUUAUGCUUUGGAUAAUGCUGUUACAAUUCUUGAUUAUUUUGAAAAAUUUUAUGGUUUGCCUUAUCCGUUGCCGAAAUUGGAUCCAGACCAUUAUCUUUCUCUUUACCGAUCCAGACCAUUAUCUUUCUCUUUACCGAUCCAGACCAUUAUCUUUCUCUUUACCUGUCCAGACCAUUAUCUUUCUCUUUACCAGUCCAGACCAUUAUCUUUCUCUUUACCUGUCCAGACCAUUAUCUUUCUCUUUACCUAUCUAUAUCAUUUAUCUAUUUGA